CGCGAGGCAGCAGGGUACGACAGCAUAAAAAGUAGCAAUGGCAACUGCUGCUGCUGGUGUUGUUGUGCUUCUUGUUGUUUGUGCAGCGGUGGGGUGUGUUGGUGGAGAUGGAGGACGAGUGGCCGGCAGCAUCAGCAGCGGUGGUGGUGGCAUCCAGCUUAACGUGUCCAUCACAGGCACCGGAACACACAGGACUUUGGUCAUUGAUGCUACGGUGACAGGGAUACUGGAACCCAGCAGCGAUGACGCUGAGGAUGUUGUCAUUGCAAAUGCAUCAUCGCUUCUGCUCUUUCAACUAUCGUCGGCGACAUCGGCCACGUUCUUCGAUGACGACGAGUUGCAGCGUGCGUGUGGACCAACCGCGUUCUUGCAGGCACGAACGCUUGGACAUGUGGACAUUGAGGCGCCAGAAUGGUUGUCGGAGCCGUGCGCUGCUUGGGUGGUGACCAGUGCAGGGCCCAUGACAGCAACAGCGACAGAUGCAACUGGUGCAGGCACACCCGCUGCACCACCACCAAUGAGAACGGCAGCCGAAUCAGCAGCCACAGCACCAGCACGUGUGCGAGCCGUCACAGUUCGCGUGCCGUUUCACACGCGCUACUGCCGACCACAUCGCAGCGGGUACAGAUUUUCAGCGGCGCCACAGGUGCGCGCGGCGUACCUGCUCCAACGACAGCACGACACGACGCCGACACGGCAGACGCGCGACACAUCCACUGACAUUCAUUGGCUGGAACGUCUCGGCGAGUGCUUGCACGAGACCAAGUGCUCCACCUCCACGUGCAUUGCCACGUCGUGCCUCCACCCCAACGGCCUGGCGCUGGUGUAUGUGACUGAGACUGCAACGACUGCUGGCAGUGACCGUGGUAGGGACCAAGACGCCAGUGGCAGUGAAGGCGACAGCCAAGGCAUCCGCAUCCCAGUUGGUGUACCAGCACACGCCGACGCAGCAACCAUGGCAACGCAGCUCGUUGUGUGGCUCGGGGUUGGCUUUGUCCUGUGGCAUCAGUGGGGCGACCGCCUUGUCUCGUUCCACUCACGCCACGCCAAGGAGGACUGAUGUGACGCCCCCCCCCACUAUCUUCUGUGAUCCCUGCACCUACGUUCCUUGCAACGUACACACGCGUUGUGCACACGCGCACUCUGAUAUCUAUCCAUGCUCUGCAAGUGCGCUCGCUCCUCGCCGCCUUUUGCUUGUCAACAUCAC